UUACUGUGUGACUGUGUGUUUUCUAGUUUAAUCCCUCUGGUCAAAUUGUGUUUAUGUUAAAAGAUGAAAUUCCCUAGGGUUAAGUAAGUAUAAUACCAGUAGUAACAAAGUUCAUGCACGUGAGAGAGUCCACUGUGUAAGUCUUACUACCAAGUUUUGUUGCCUUUCUUUUUUCUUUCUCUGCAUCUCAAAAAGUGAAUGAAAAGCAAGAAAAAAAGAAGAAGCCCUUUCUCCUAAUCUUCUCUUAAAAAGUUUAAAAAGAAUGGGGUUUUACUUUUUUUCAUGAAAGCAGUCAUUUCUAAUGGUUGGGCAAAAUCCCCAAAAAAAACAAACCAAUUCUUUCAUAAAAAAAAAAAGUCAAGAAAAAGUAGUAUAUAUAUAGAUAUAGAUAUAGAUAUAUAUUGGGAGAGAGUAGUAUUGGGAAACUCAUUGUUUGGGUUUUGUGUUUGUGUAAUCUAUUUCCAUCAGUUUUUUCCAGCUUCAGCCCACAAAAGCAACUUCAUCAAAAGAAAAGAAACAGAGUGAGGGAAGAGGAUGGCUUUAGAAACUCUUUCUGCCAAUGAACUCUUGAAUUUCAUCAUUUAUGACACCAUUUCAGCCACCCCUUUUGCUUCUUCUUCUGCUUGCAAUGUUGACAACUCUUCUGAAAAUGCCACCACCAGUGCUACCACUACAACAACUACUACUACUACUACUUCUAAUGUGAACAAUUUUUCAUUGGACUGUGAGGUUCAGGGUUUCGGGGCGGCGGUGGCCCAAGUGGUGGUUGGUGGCGGUGGUGGUUUUGAGAAUUGUCCUUCCAUGGUUCCGCCGCCGCCUCCGCCUCCGCUUCCACCACCGCCGAGGCAGCAGAAUCUGUCGGUGGCUCAGGGGCGGAAGAAGAGGAGGAGGAGGCAGAGGGUGUGUAAAAAUAAAGAGGAAGCAGAGAAUCAGAGGAUGACUCACAUUGCCGUUGAGAGAAACCGGCGGAAACAGAUGAAUGAACAUCUCGCCGUCUUGCGUUCUCUCAUGCCUGAAUCUUAUGUUCAAAGGGGUGAUCAGGCCUCUAUAGUUGGAGGAGCAAUAGAAUUUGUGAAAGAGCUGGAGCAUCACUUGCAAGCCCUUGAAGCCCACAAGAUUCAACUGAUGCAACAACAACCAACAGGAGGAGGUGUAGGAGCAAAUGACACCGCCACCGCGGCGGCUAGCUGUGUCACUGCCACCACAACUAGCAGCACCCCUUUUGCUCAAUUCUUUGCCUACCCACAAUUUACUUGCUCAUCAUCAUCAUCAUCAUCAUCAUCAACAGCAUCUUCCUCUGCCGGGCAGAUGCCAAUGAAGUUCACAUCAAGUAGUAAGGCAGCAAUUGCAGAUAUUGAGGUCACUUUGAUUGAGACUCAUGCAAACGUUAGGAUCCUGUCUAGGAGAAGAGUUAGACAACUAUCAAGAUUGGUGACUGGACUUCAGAGCAUGUGUUUAAGUAUACUUCACCUCAACGUCACCACUUUGGACCCUUUAGUCCUAUACUCCAUCAGCGCCAAGGUGGAAGAAGGGUGUUUACUGAAUUCAGCGGAUGACAUUGCAGCUGCAGUUCAUCAUAUACUUAGAAUUAUUGAAGAGGAAGCUCUCCUAUGUUGUCAAGCCUAGUUUUUUAACUGGUUAAAUUAGCUGUAGCUGCCUAUAGCUAGGGCAUUCCCAGUACGUUUGGGUAGUUCUGGUAGCAACGAUGUGGUAGUAGUUUUCAGUCAAACAUCUCCUUCUGUUUUCUUGUGUUACUUUAUUUUUUGUUUGGGUCCUUAUAUGUAGGAAAGGUUGUAAAUUUGGUAGAGCAGUUGUAUCAAACGUGAAUAAGUGACUAAUAAAUUCUUUUGUUUUCCUUUGUUU